AUGGAAGGGGAACCAACUAGAAGAAGAAGAAAAAGAUGGGAUUCUACAACAACAAUUGCAGUUUCUUCUUUUUUGUUGCUCUUAAUCUUUUCAGAAAUUUGUUUAUCUUCUUCUGAGAAGAUAAGUAAAACUGCAGCAGGUAGUUAUAGAUUGUUUCCGGCAAGAAAAGCCCGGCUUUUCGACUCUGAGCCGUUUCAUGCAGAAGCUUCAAGUCCAUCCCAAAGUUUGAGUCCUGAAAACAAUGGGAGUUCUUCAGACAAGUUGUAUGAAGAAGAAAAGAGAUUAGUACACACAGGGCCCAACCCUCUUCACAACUAA